CAGGGACCUGAGUUUUUUCUCUGUAGAUUUGAAUCCUCAUCUACCAAUCUCAAGCGCAGCGACAAUGUCCGGCAGAGGCAAGGGAGGAAAGGGCCUUGGAAAAGGAGGAGCGAAGAGGCACCGGAAGGUUCUGAGAGAUAACAUUCAAGGAAUCACGAAGCCGGCAAUUCGGCGUCUGGCCAGGCGAGGCGGCGUAAAGCGUAUCAGCGGCCUGAUCUACGAGGAGACUCGCGGCGUUCUCAAGAUCUUCCUCGAGAAUGUCAUUCGUGAUGCCGUCACCUACACCGAGCACGCUCGCCGGAAGACCGUCACCGCCAUGGAUGUUGUGUAUGCUCUCAAGAGGCAAGGUCGCACUCUUUACGGCUUUGGAGGUUAGGGAUUUUAGGAUCUAGGGCUUGGAUAUUGGAGAUUAAAUGAUUUCGGUGGUAUGAACGUGGAAACUGGUUCUGAUUCUGGAGAAAAACUGUAUAUUAUUGCUGAUUAUGUUAGCCUUGAACAUUGAUUCCGAUCAGCAGCGAGCUAAUCGUAUCUCUCGUUUGAUGGAUUAUUCUGUAACUGGAAAUCUUCUUUUGUCUAAUUAGAAACUGUUUGCUUCAGACUCUAAGCUUA